AUGUUCAGAGCAGCAGCAAAACAAUGUCUUAGUCAAAGUAGAAUUGUGACUCCUACUAAUAAAGUCACUACAACAUCGCUAUUCAAUCAAAAUGUUAAUACAACAAAAUCGAUUCAUUACAAUAAAUAUUUUAAUAACAACAAUACUUUAUUUAACAAUAAAUUAAUUUCAUCACCUCUUUAUUAUUCAACUAACAACAAUCACAACAACAGCAAUAAUAAUGAAUAUCAACAACAACAACAACAACAAAAUAAUAAUAAUAACAAUUCAAAUUUUAAAUAUAUGGUACCAUUAUUGGGAGCAGGAUUUAUAAUUCCAUUAUUUUUCCUUGCAGUUGAGGAUGGAGAAGUCGCUCAACCACCACCAAACAUCGACAUUCAAAAGAUAUACUCGUCAAAGUCGACAAGUGAACUUAUGUUUUCAUUUUUCAUUCUAAAGUUAUGUACAUUCAAAAUAUUCUCAGAGAAUGGAUCUGCAUUCAUUAAUUUCGCAAACAAUUGGGGAUUAUCAGUACCAAUGAAUUUCAUUGUUAAACAUACAUUCUUUAAACAAUUUUGUGCAGGUGAAACUAUCGAUGAAACUGAGGAAUUCACAAAGAAGCUGAAUGAUCAAGGCAUUGGAACGAUCUUGGAUUACAGUGUUGAAGAUAAAGAUGGUACUCCAGAGUCAUUCGAUCACGUUGCAAGUCAGAUUCAAAAGACAAUUGCAAUCGCAGCUAAAUAUCCGGAUUACUCAUUCAGUUGUGUCAAGGUAACUGGUUUGACCGGUACCAAACUCAUGGAGAAGUUGAAUCAAAUCGUGUUGUCUGCCAUUCAGCAGAAACAACAACUGCCGGCUGAUUUCAUUACUUCGCCAACUGCGAUCUACGCUGCAUCAAACUUGCUCUCAGACUCUGAGAAGGUCGAGAUGGUGCAACUGAUGAACCGUUUGGAUUCGAUAUUCGCAGAGUGCUAUCGUUCCAACGUUCCAAUUCUCGUGGAUGCCGAGCAGUCCUACUACCAGGCGGCCAUUCAUCACAUUGCAAUCGCAUUCUCUGCGAAAUACAACAAGUCGAAGCCGUUGAUCUACAAUACCUAUCAGAUGUACUUAUCACAGGGUUUGAACAUGUUGAACGACCACUUGGCACUCUCGAAGCAACUGGGAUUCAAGUUGGGUGCAAAGGUGGUGAGAGGCGCCUACAUGGUGUCCGAGAGAAAGCGUGCCGAAGAUCAUGGCUAUCCGAGCCCGAUUCUGCCGAACAUCCAAGAGACUCAUCACAGCUACUUCACAGCGAUGGAAACACUCCUCAAGGAUUCUUCAAACAUCGGUAUCAUGUUUGCCACUCACAACGAACAAUCUGUCAACUUUGGUGUCGAGAGAAUGAAGCAAUUGAACAUCGAUCCAAAGAAUCCAAACAUUCAAUUCGGUCAACUCUUUGGUAUGGCUGAUUUCCUCUCACUCAAUCUCGUCAAUCAGAAUCAAAGAGUAUUCAAAUAUGUACCGUAUGGACCAGUACAAGAAGUAUUGCCCUAUUUGAUUCGUCGUAUGCAAGAAAACAGAGGAUUCAUUGGUUCAAAUAGUGCAACUGAAUUAUUAUUCCUAAAGAAAGAGAUCAAAAGAAGAUUAUUUGGUUCAAAAUAG